CUGAAGAAGUUUGUCAGUUUGGCCGAAGUUCCAGAUCUUUGCAGAGAGAGGAGACCCUGCUCCCAUGGAGCUAAGUAGCGUCGCCUCGAUGAUGAGCUUAGGGAGUCUAGCUAUACAACGAACAUAUUUGUGCUCCCUAGUCUUCAGACUCUUGCCAAAGCUGCUAGGCUUCACUCCCAGUUCACUGAAGAAAUUCUGCAAAGAUGUUCAUCCACCACUGACGGAGACUAUUGUGGGCACGUUGCCUGAGCUGCCUCAGGACAUCUUGAUGGGUAUCUUUGCCACCCUUGAAAUCCCUGACUUCGUACGUGCCGGUGCUGUCUGCCGCUCUUGGCGCUCUGCAUAUACCAGCCUACGGAGCCCUGGGCAGUAUAAACUAUCGCCGUGCCUCCUCCAUACUUCUGAAUCUGCUGGUGAUAGCUCUGCUUGCCUCUACAGCCUCACUGAAAGGAGAUCGUACAAGUUAACUCUUCCGGAGCCACCUAUCCGCUCUAGGUGUUUGAUCGGGUCCUCUCAUGGCUGGCUAGUUACUGUUGAUGAGAGAUCUGAGAUGCAUCUUGUCAAUCCGAUCACAUGUCAACAGAUUGCUCUACCUUCGGUGAUCACCCUCGAGCAGGUGAAGCCCAUCUUUGAUGAGUACGGUGUUCUCCACAAGUAUGAAUUGUCUUGGCUCACUGGAACAACUACUCGCUAUGUCCCGCCGUUGAUCUUCGCUCUUGACAAGCUGCGGGAUGAACUCCACUAUAAGGCGUUUGUGUUCCCUGAUACAUCCACGGGAAGCUACAUUGUGGUGCUCAUCCAUAACCCAAUGCGCCAGCUCUCUUUUGCAAGGCUAGGGGAUGAUAAAUGGACCUGGCUGCCGCCUCAUGAUCUCUAUUGUGAUUGCAUUUACAAGGAUGGCCUGUUGUAUGCUGUGUCUAAAAGGGGAGAACUUCACACUUUCGAUAUUAGUGGCCCUGUGGUCGCAAUGAAUAUGGUCAUAAGCAUACCCAGGAAGGAUUACUGUGAGUAUUUGUACAUUGUUCAAGCUCCAUGGGGUGAUCUUCUGCUCAUUUGGAGAAUCUUUGAGGAUUUUAAUUUGGAACCUGAUCCUGGGGCAUCUGUGUUUUGGAAUACUACAAAAUUCAGAAUAUAUGAACUUGAAGCUUCCGGAAGUAAACUUAAGGAAAUCAAUUGCUUGCGUGACCAUGUUUUGUUUCUUGGGCAUAAUGAAUCACUUUGUCUCAGUGCUGAACAAUAUCCGUCUCUCAGGGCAAAUCAUGCCUACUUUACUGACGAUAAUAUGUUCUGGACAUUGGGAUUUAAGAAUAAUCACCGUGAUAUGGGAAUUCUCAACUUGGAUGAUAACAGCAAGGAAGAACUCAUAUCUUCUCAGCUUUGUUCCAACUUUCCGGCUCCGAUUUGGAUUACACCUGAUCUUAGAAAUAUGAACUUGGCUUCAGGUGCUGCUUGAAAAUUGGUUUAGUGAGCCUUCAGUUGCGUGGUUUGCUAGGUUAUUGUGCUUCGUAAAGGAAGUCAUGGACAAACUAUUCAAGUGAUCACUUGGACCCUGACUCCACCCACUCUAGCUUCGACCCAGUUGAAUAAAU